CCUUGUUUUUUGUUUUUUAAUCUACCAAGUCCCAAGAUAUUAGAGCUAUUCCACGAACACAGGGUGUGAUUCCAGAAGGUCUCGUAAAAACCUUGUUGGGGAGAAGUGCCAGGCCACCUUUGGGGGAACUUUCCUCCCUCCCUCACUGUGGACUCACAGGCCAGAGUGACCUCCCCCUUAUUGCUUAUGACACCUUGGCCCUUAGAUGGCUCUUAUUUAAGUCUCUAGGAAUUUUGAAAUAAAGCAAGCGGUGGGGUGGGGUUGAGGUGGCAGGGCUCUCAGGGCCCCGGUGCAGCCCUACUGGGCUGCUGGAAAAUCUGUUUUCUCCCAGCCUGGGUCACUGCUGCCUGCAGCUCAGUGCCUUGAAGGUUAAAUGCCCUGGGGGAUAUUUUUAAACUGCAGGGGCUGGUUAAUCUAAAAGUGACAUUUACAGCCACAGUGGAGAGCAGCCUGCAGGGCAGCUUAGAUCCGGGCCUCAGCCAACAAGGAGCUUGAAAAAUGUCAACCCUGGACACGCAGUUUGGAAGCCAUGGGGAAUGCAAGGCCAAAGUGUGAACACAGUUGCCUGAAUGGUCUUGCUUCUCUUUCUGACUUGCCUGGUGUUUUCCUGCCUGACCUUUUCCUGGCUAAAAAUCUGGGGGAAGAUGACAGACUCGAAGCCGCUCACCAACAGUAAGGUGGAAGCCAGUCUCCUUUCAAGCGAGGAGUCCCUUUCAGCCUCGGAGCUGUCAGAGGAACAGCUGCAGGAACAUGGCGACCGCAGCUGUCUGUCCUACAGAGGUCCCAGAGAUGCCAGUCAGCAGAGGAACUCCCUGCCAAGCUCAUACCAGAAGCCUCCGAGGAACCCACUGUCUUCCAAUGACACCUGGCCCUCCCCAGAACUCCAAACCAACUGGACAGCCGCCCCGGGCUCAGAGGUUCCAGAUGCUAAUGGGUUGUCCUUCCCAGCCAAGCCUCCAAGCCAGAGGACAGUAUCCCCCUCCAGAGAGGACAAGAAGCAGGCACACAUCAAGAGACAGCUGAUGACCAGCUUUAUCCUGGGCUCCCUGGAUGACAACUCCUCUGAUGAGGACCCUAGUGCCGGCUCCUUCCAGAACUCCUCCCGGAAGAGCAGCAGGGCUAGCCUGGGCACUCUGUCCCAGGAGGCUGCAUUGAACACAAGUGAUCCUGAAUCUCACGUGCCUACUAUGAGGCCCAGCAUGUCUGGACUCCAUCUGGUGAAGAGAGGCCGAGAACACAAGAAACUGGACCUGCACAGAGAUUUCACCGUUGCAUCCCCAGCUGAGUUUGUCACCCGCUUUGGAGGCAACAGGGUCAUAGAGAAGGUGCUCAUCGCCAACAACGGCAUCGCUGCGGUCAAGUGUAUGCGCUCCAUCCGCCGCUGGGCCUACGAGAUGUUCCGUAAUGAACGUGCCAUCCGGUUCGUGGUCAUGGUGACGCCCGAGGAUUUGAAGGCCAAUGCAGAGUACAUCAAGAUGGCCGAUCAGUACGUCCCUGUCCCAGGAGGACCCAAUAACAACAACUACGCCAACGUCGAGCUGAUCAUAGACAUUGCCAAGAGAAUCCCCGUACAGGCCGUGUGGGCUGGCUGGGGCCACGCUUCGGAAAACCCCAAACUUCCAGAGCUGCUGUGUAAACACGAGAUUGCUUUCCUAGGUCCCCCCAGUGAGGCCAUGUGGGCCCUGGGAGACAAGAUCGCCUCCACCAUCGUAGCACAGACACUGCAAAUCCCAACCCUACCCUGGAGUGGAAGCGGUCUCACAGUGGAGUGGACGGAGGACAGCCGGCACCAGGGCAAAUGCAUCAGUGUCCCGGAAGAUGUUUAUGAGCAGGGCUGUGUGAAGGAUGUGGACGAAGGCUUGCAGGCAGCAGAAAAAAUAGGAUUUCCUUUGAUGAUCAAAGCCUCCGAAGGCGGAGGCGGGAAAGGUAUCCGCAAGGCUGAGAGUGCAGAGGACUUCCCGAUGCUUUUCCGACAAGUGCAGAGUGAGAUCCCGGGCUCGCCGAUCUUUCUCAUGAAGCUGGCCCAGAACGCACGGCACCUGGAGGUCCAGGUCUUGGCAGAUCAGUAUGGGAACGCGGUGUCACUGUUCGGAAGGGACUGCUCCAUUCAGAGGCGGCACCAGAAGAUCAUUGAGGAGGCUCCAGCCACCAUCGCCGCGCCUGCCGUGUUUGAGUUCAUGGAACAGUGUGCUGUCCUCCUGGCCAAGAUGGUGGGUUAUGUGAGCGCGGGGACUGUGGAGUAUUUAUACAGCCAGGAUGGCAGCUUCCACUUCCUGGAGCUGAACCCACGCCUGCAGGUGGAGCAUCCGUGCACUGAAAUGAUCGCAGAUGUCAACCUGCCUGCUGCACAGCUGCAGAUCGCCAUGGGCGUGCCCCUGCACCGGCUGAAGGACAUACGGCUUCUGUACGGAGAGUCCCCCUGGGGAGUGACCCCUAUUCCUUUUGAAACCCCCUUGAGCCCUCCCAUUGCCCGAGGCCACGUCAUUGCAGCCAGGAUCACCAGCGAAAACCCAGAUGAGGGCUUUAAGCCAAGCUCGGGGACAGUGCAGGAGCUGAACUUCCGCAGCAACAAGAACGUGUGGGGUUACUUCAGCGUGGCUGCUGCUGGGGGCUUGCACGAGUUCGCCGAUUCCCAGUUUGGGCACUGCUUCUCCUGGGGCGAGAACCGUGAAGAGGCCAUUUCGAACAUGGUAGUGGCUUUGAAGGAACUGUCCAUCCGGGGUGACUUCCGGACCACUGUGGAGUAUCUCGUUAACCUUCUGGAGACCGAGAGCUUCCAGAAUAACGAUAUCGACACAGGGUGGCUGGACCACCUCAUUGCUCAGCGGGUGCAGGCAGAGAAGCCGGACAUCAUGCUUGGGGUGGUGUGUGGGGCCUUGAAUGUGGCGGAUGCGAUGUUCAGAACCUGCAUGACGGAAUUCUUGCACUCCCUGGAAAGGGGUCAGGUCCUCCCGGCUGAUUCUCUGCUGAACAUUGUGGACGUUGAGUUGAUUUACGGCGGCAUCAAGUAUGCUCUUAAGGUAGCCCGACAGUCCCUGACUAUGUUUGUCCUCAUCAUGAACGGCUGUCACAUCGAGAUCGAUGCCCACCGGCUGAACGACGGGGGGCUGCUCCUGUCCUACAAUGGCAGCAGUUACACUACGUACAUGAAGGAAGAGGUUGACAGUUACCGGAUCACUAUCGGCAAUAAGACUUGCGUGUUUGAAAAGGAAAACGACCCCACCGUCCUGAGAUCCCCCUCAGCUGGGAAGCUGAUGCAGUAUACGGUGGAGGACGGAGAUCACGUGGAAGCUGGGAGCAGCUAUGCAGAGAUGGAGGUGAUGAAGAUGAUCAUGACCCUGAACGUGCAGGAGAGCGGCCGGGUGAAGUACAUCAAGCGGCCAGGGGUUAUACUGGAGGCUGGCUGCGUGGUGGCGAGGCUAGAACUCGAUGACCCUUCAAAAGUGCACGCGGCCCAGCCGUUCACUGGGGAGCUCCCUGCCCAGCAGACUCUGCCCAUCCUUGGGGAGAAGCUACACCAAGUGUUCCACGGCGUCUUGGAAAAUCUAACCAAUGUCAUGAGUGGCUACUGCCUGCCCGAGCCCUUCUUCAGCAUGAAGCUGAAAGACUGGGUCCAGAAGCUCAUGAUGACGCUCCGGCAUCCCUCCCUACCUCUGCUGGAGCUACAGGAGAUCAUGACCAGCGUGGCCGGCCGCAUCCCCGCCCCGGUGGAGAAGGCAGUCCGCAGAGUGAUGGCCCAGUACGCCAGUAACAUCACCUCGGUGCUAUGCCAGUUCCCCAGCCAGCAGAUAGCCACCAUCCUGGACUGCCAUGCCGCCACCCUGCAGCGUAAGGCAGACCGAGAGGUCUUCUUCAUGAACACACAGAGCAUCGUGCAGCUGGUCCAGAGAUACCGCAGUGGGACCCGUGGCUACAUGAAGGCUGUGGUGCUGGACCUCCUGAGGAAAUAUCUAAACGUGGAGCAUCAUUUUCAGCAAGCCCACUAUGACAAGUGCGUGAUCAACCUGAGGGAGCAGUUUAAGCCGGACAUGACCCAGGUGCUGGACUGCAUCUUCUCACACUCCCAGGUGGCCAAGAAGAACCAGCUGGUGACCAUGCUGAUAGAUGAGCUGUGCGGCCCAGACCCCACCCUGUCAGACGAGCUGACCUCCAUCCUCUGUGAGCUCACGCAGCUGAGCAGAAGCGAGCACUGCAAGGUUGCCCUCAGAGCCAGACAGGUCCUGAUCGCCUCCCACCUCCCCUCCUAUGAGCUGCGGCACAACCAGGUGGAGUCCAUCUUCCUGUCCGCCAUCGACAUGUAUGGCCACCAGUUCUGCCCGGAAAACCUCAAGAAACUAAUACUUUCGGAAACCACCAUAUUCGACGUUCUGCCCACCUUCUUCUAUCACGAGAACAAGGUCGUCUGUAUGGCGUCCCUGGAGGUUUACGUGCGGAGAGGCUACAUCGCCUACGAGCUAAACAGCCUGCAGCACCGGGAGCUCCCAGAUGGCACCUGCGUGGUGGAGUUCCAGUUCAUGCUGCCCUCUUCCCACCCCAACCGGAUGGCCGUGCCCAUCAGCGUCUCCAACCCCGACCUGCUGAGGCACAGCACAGAACUCUUCAUGGACAGUGGCUUCUCCCCACUGUGCCAGCGGAUGGGGGCCAUGGUGGCCUUCAGGAGAUUUGAGGAAUUCACCAGGAACUUUGAUGAAGUCAUCUCCUGCUUUGCCAACGUGCAGACAGACACUCCUCUCUUCAGUAAGGCAUGCACUUCCCUGUACUCAGAGGAAGACAGCAAGAGCCUCCGAGAGGAACCCAUCCACAUCCUGAAUGUGGCCAUCCAGUGUGCCGACCACAUGGAGGAUGAGGCGCUGGUGCCAGUCUUCCGUGCCUUUGUACAGUCCAAGAAGCACAUCCUUGUGGAUUACGGACUCCGAAGAAUCACAUUCCUCGUUGCCCAAGAGAGAGAAUUCCCCAAGUUCUUCACCUUCAGAGCGAGAGAUGAGUUUGCAGAAGACCGGAUUUAUCGCCACUUGGAGCCUGCCCUGGCCUUCCAGCUGGAGCUGAGCCGGAUGCGCAACUUUGACCUGACUGCUGUGCCCUGUGCCAACCACAAGAUGCAUCUUUACCUGGGAGCUGCUAAGGUGAAAGAAGGGUUGGAGGUGACCGACCACAGGUUCUUUAUCCGAGCCAUCAUCCGGCACUCAGACCUGAUCACCAAGGAAGCCUCCUUCGAGUACCUGCAGAACGAAGGCGAGCGGCUGCUGCUGGAAGCCAUGGACGAGCUGGAGGUGGCGUUCAACAACACUAGCGUGCGCACGGACUGCAACCACAUCUUCCUCAAUUUUGUGCCCACUGUCAUUAUGGACCCGCUCAAGAUCGAGGAGUCGGUGCGUGCCAUGGUCAUGCGCUAUGGCAGCCGUCUGUGGAAGCUCCGAGUGCUGCAGGCCGAGGUUAAGAUCAACAUCCGUCAGACAACCUCAGACAGUGCCAUCCCCAUCCGCCUCUUCAUCACCAACGAGUCCGGCUACUACCUGGACAUCAGCCUCUAUAGAGAAGUGACGGACUCCAGAUCCGGAAAUAUCAUGUUUCACUCCUUUGGCAAUAAGCAAGGGAGCCUGCAUGGGAUGCUGAUCAAUACGCCCUAUGUCACCAAGGAUCUGCUCCAGGCUAAGCGAUUUCAGGCACAGUCCCUGGGGACCACCUAUGUGUACGACUUCCCAGAGAUGUUCAGGCAGGCUCUCUUUAAACUGUGGGGCUCCCCAGAGAAGUACCCCAAAGAUAUCCUGACAUACACAGAGCUGGUGUUGGACUCUCAAGGCCAGCUGGUGGAGAUGAACCGGCUUCCUGGUUGCAACGAGGUGGGCAUGGUGGCCUUCAAAAUGAGGUUCAAGACCCCGGAGUAUCCAGAAGGCCGGGACGCCAUUGUCAUCGGCAACGACAUCACCUUCCAAAUCGGCUCUUUCGGCAUAGGGGAGGACUUCCUGUACCUGCGAGCGUCUGAGAUGGCCCGGACAGAGGGCAUCCCCCAAAUCUACCUGGCAGCUAACAGCGGGGCCCGUAUGGGCCUGGCUGAGGAGAUCAAACAGAUAUUCCAAGUGGCUUGGGUGGACCCGGAGGAUCCCCACAAAGUAUGUCAGAUGUGCGGGUGGCAGUGUGAUGCUUACCUAGGUAGAUCAUCCCUAACCCAAAAGCCUCCUUAUGAGAAACACUUCCGGGUCCAAAGCUUAGGUAUCAGUGUGACAUACGUCAUCGUGGAUGUCAUUGGGAAGGAUGCCAACCUGGGUGUGGAGAACCUGAGGGGCUCGGGAAUGAUUGCAGGAGAAGCUUCCCUGGCUUAUGAGAAAACGGUCACCAUCAGCAUGGUGACCUGCCGCGCCCUCGGAAUCGGGGCUUACCUGGUGAGGCUUGGCCAGCGGGUGAUCCAGGUGGAAAACUCCCACAUCAUCCUCACCGGAGCCGGUGCUCUCAACAAGGUCCUGGGAAGAGAGGUCUACACGUCCAACAACCAGCUGGGUGGCGUGCAGAUCAUGCACACCAACGGGGUCUCCCACGUCACUGUGCCAGAUGACUUCGAGGGGGUCUGCACCAUUCUGGAAUGGCUGUCAUUUAUACCGAAGGACAAUCGCAGCCCGGUCCCCAUCACCACUCCUUCUGACCCCAUCGACAGGGAAAUUGAAUUCACCCCAACCAAAGCUCCCUACGACCCCAGGUGGAUGCUUGCAGGCAGGCCUCACCCAACUCUGAAGGGGACCUGGCAGAGUGGAUUUUUUGACCAUGGCAGUUUCAAGGAAAUCAUGGCACCCUGGGCCCAGACUGUGGUGACGGGACGAGCAAGGCUAGGGGGCAUCCCUGUGGGAGUGAUUGCUGUGGAGACUCGGACUGUGGAGGUGGCUGUCCCCGCUGACCCUGCCAACUUGGAUUCUGAGGCCAAGAUCAUCCAGCAGGCCGGCCAGGUGUGGUUCCCAGACUCGGCCUACAAGACGGCGCAGGUCAUCAGGGACUUCAACAAGGAGCGCCUGCCUCUCAUGAUCUUCGCCAACUGGAGGGGCUUCUCCGGAGGCAUGAAGGACAUGUAUGAGCAGAUGCUGAAGUUUGGCGCCUACAUCGUGGAUGGUCUCCGCCUGUACGAGCAGCCCAUUCUCAUCUACAUCCCUCCCUGUGCUGAGCUCCGUGGGGGCUCCUGGGUUGUCCUGGACUCCACCAUCAACCCCCUGUGCAUAGAGAUGUAUGCGGACAAAGAGAGCAGGGGCGGUGUUCUGGAGCCGGAGGGCACGGUGGAGAUUAAAUUCCGGAAGAAAGAUCUGGUGAAGACCAUAAGGAGGAUAGACCCAGUGUGUAAGAAGCUCAUGGGACAGCUGGGGAAAGCCCAGCUUCCCGACAAGGACCGGAAGGAGCUGGAGGGCCAGCUGAAGGCCCGGGAGGAACUGCUGCUUCCCAUCUACCACCAGGUGGCAGUGCAGUUCGCCGACCUGCACGACACCCCGGGCCAUAUGCUGGAGAAGGGAAUCAUUUCUGAUGUGCUGGAAUGGAAGACUGCCCGCACCUUCUUCUACUGGAGGCUGCGCCGGCUGCUGCUGGAGGCCCAGGUGAAGCAGGAGAUACUCCGAGCCAGCCCCGAGCUGAACCACGAGCACACACAGUCCAUGCUGCGACGCUGGUUCGUGGAGACCGAGGGCGCCGUCAAGGCCUACCUGUGGGACAGCAACCAGGUGGUGGUCCAGUGGCUGGAACAGCACUGGUCAGCCAGGGACAGCUUGCGCUCCACCAUCCGUGAAAACAUCAAUUAUCUGAAGCGGGACUCUGUCCUCAAGACCAUCCAAAGUCUGGUCCAAGAACAUCCAGAGGUCAUCAUGGACUGCGUGGCCUACCUGAGCCAGCACCUCACGCCAGCCGAGCGGAUACAGGUGGCUCAGCUGCUGUCUACCACGGAGAGCCCCGCUUCCUCCUGAUGAGCAACUCUGGCCACCCCUAGGACCCUGGACGGUGGGAAUGGCCAUGCAGCAGGCCUUCGAGGGACACGGGCUUAUUUGGGGAAAGUUCACAGAGCCACCCUGAGCACUCCGAAUGUAGCUGCGGUUCCUGACCAGCGUCUUCUGGACAGAAGGCCCCUGGGCCCCUGCUAAGGCGGGCACAGCCUCUCCUCACCUGGGGAGUUCAGGGUUUGUCCCAGUGGAUAAUUCUGCCGCUGCCUCUCUGAGGCCAACUGAACCAGGCACACUGAGUUCCUUGUGAUUUUUGCCUGAGAUGGGGACCCAGUGUCUGAUCACAAGAUACUUGUUCUACCAUGUUGGUUUGCACUCAGCUCCUUGCGUCCCUCAGCAGAGUAAAUGGGCCAAAGAGAAUGCCAGACGAGACCCAAGAAAACGUCUUUUUGUGAUGAGGCUUAUUAGACGCUUACCAAGGGCAAAAAUGAUUUCCUUUUUUUGUUGUUGAUUUUCAUUUAAGAGAAUAAAGUGACAUUUUAUUCUCCAAGUGGCCCUAGUGAGUCAGGACAACCAUCUGUCCUAUUAGAGAGGUUCUCCAGAGAUAAAGGACAAACAGGCAGGACACCUAGCAUUCAGCAUGGCUGGAGGAGAGUUACUGCCUCGGUUCCCAGGCUCUGUAAGCCCUCUCUUCCCAAGUGGAGCAAGGACUGGACCUCACUCCGUGCCUCCUGCAGAUUGGCCAUCCACAGGGUACCAAGUACCCUACUGCCUGAGUGCAGAGAGGCUGUCCCUCACCCCUCCCAGAACCUCUGGCCAAUAUACUUUCUCACCUUGUGCCUUGAUACCAUGGCAGGAGCCAACAGCGCUGGACCAGUGACCCAGGGCUGUGCCUCGAACACUCUGGAUCCUCUUACAGAGACUUUCCCAGCACUGCCAGGCACCGCAGCAUCAGGACCUGAAUGAGAUGCUCCGGCCAAGGGUGGGGUGGGGGAUGCUGGGGUAAGUGGAGAACCCCACUCUGUUGCUGCCCUUCUUGGGGGAUAAAGGGUUCUUCUGGGCAAGGUCCUCUUGAUGUGGAGGAAAGCCCAGACCAUCACUGGCUGCUGCCCUGACCACUUGGGUGCGCUGAAGAGGCUGCCGAAAGAGCUGCAAAAUAAACUAUUUUUUGAAGGAA